UUGUGUGACAAGGGUCUUGUCGGAGAUCCCCCAGCCUCGCGAUUUUUCAGUUUCUUGCGGUGAGGGGGCUGGCAGUGGGCUCCCAAGCUGCAGCUUCGUCCAAUCCGCAGCGAUCUUCGCAAUGCAGAGACAUCUCUUCCAAAUGGACAAAUCGCAAGCAGAUUAGCAAAUCGGCCUUAUCGCGAAGCUUCACUUUCAAGUUGCGCAAGGCUGCUCCUCUGCAGUUGUCGACACUGAUCCAAUUCCCAUCUUCGACGAAGUCUUGCUGCUUCUGCUGCUUCUGCUGCUGCUGCAAGGUCUAAAUCGCCGAAAACGACAACGGCAAGAUGGGUCUGCUCGACGACGCCGCCUCGGUCGUCUCAGGCCGCACCUCGCACUCGCACCAUGGCUCGAAGCACCACAAGCAUCGCCACCACAAGUCGCGCUCCCCCUCUCCCAGCAGGCACCGUCAUUCACACUCCCACUCGCAGUCGCACUCGCAGUCGCACGGCAUCGCCUCCAUCUUCGGCGGCGGCGACAACCACAAGCACAACAGCAGCCGGGCUUCCUUCUUCAGCCUGCCCAGCGCAAGCAGGAGCAGCUUCUUCGGCUUCAGCCGACCCUCCUACUACAAGCGCUCUUCCCGGCCCAACUUCGUCCACCGGGCCUACCGGCGCCUGAAGCGCCUCCUCCGCGACCUGGUGCACUACGCCAAGCGGCACCCGGCCAAGGUCUUCGUGCUAGUACUAAUGCCGCUAAUCACGGGCGGCGCGCUGACGGCCCUACUCGCCCGCUUCGGCCUCCGCCUGCCCGCGGGCCUCGAGCGCCUGCUCGGCCUCGCCGCCCGCGCCGGGUCCGCCGCCUCGGGCCCGUCGGGCCUCGUCGGUGAGGCCGUGCGCCUGGCCGGCGGGGCCGCCGCCGCGGGGUUCGGAACGGCGUCGGCGAGCAUCGAGAGGGGGAGGGAUGGGGGGUUGCAGUGGGAGAGGAAGAGGGUGGAGAGGGAUGGAUAUGGGUAUGGGUAUGGGGGUGGAGGAGGGGGAGGGGGAGGGAGAGGGGCCGGGUGGGGGGAUAGCCUGAUGGGGGUUGCUAAGAUGUUCAUCUAGGUCCGGGAUGGGCUAACAUAAAGGGGAGAUCGAUUGACUGUGGUUAUGUUUUUUGUUUUGUGUGGUGUGCAUUUCUUUCAUUCGGCGCUCCCGGAGACUGGUUUCAUAGUUUCUGAUACUGAUCCUCCCUGGGGGAGAUAUGACUUGUGUGCACAAUGUAGGUUAUCUAGAGACAGAAUCUGAGACAAAAUUAUCCAGAAACCGGAUACAAUCAACGCAAUAACUGAACCGUUAGAAAAUGGCAAGAUUUGUCGUAACUCUUAACUUGUCAGGAAAGAAUGCAUUAUUAAAAACCGAUACUAGUCUACCAGUGCAAUACAAUAAAACAGGGGCGUCAGCCUUUUUUCUAUGAUCCUUAGACUUGGGCUUGGGUAUCUUCAGACUCUCGCAAUCAACCACUUUCACCAACAGAACAAUACUUGGACGACAGCACUCUCAGA